AUGGAGAAGGCAUUCCAGAAUCAUCAGGAGAAGAAGAGGAAGACGGCGAUUGUUGUCGGCGCGGGAGUCGGCGGCGUCGCUACAGCCGCCCGGCUACAGCUCGCGGGCUUCGACGUUACCGUGGUCGAGAAGAACGACUUCACCGGCGGCCGCUGCAGUCUCAUCCACCACGAGGGCUACCGCUUCGAUCAGGGCCCGUCGCUGCUGCUCCUGCCGCGGCUGUUCCACGAGACUUUCCGCGACCUCGCUACUACCAUCGAGAAGGAGGGCGUCGAGCUGCUCAAGUGUGAUCCCAAUUACAAUAUCUACUUUGGCGAUGGCGAGGUGGUCGAGUUGUCCUCGGAUCUGGCGAGGAUGAAGAAUGAGAUCGAGAAGUGGGAGGGCGCGGACGGGUUUGAAGGGUACUUGGGCUUUCUGAAGGAGAGCCAUUGCCAUUAUGAUAUCUCCUACACCCAUGUGCUCAAGCGGAAUUUCGAGGGGUUCAAGAGUAUGCUGCGCUGGGAGUUCAUCGGGAAGGUCAUCAAGCUGCAUGUGCACCAGUCUGUGUACACGAGAGCGGCGAAAUACUUCAAAACUGAAAGACUACGGCGCGCGUUUACGUUCGGUAGCAUGUACUUGGGGAUGAGUCCGUAUGACGCACCGGGAACAUACUCGCUCCUGCAGUAUACUGAGCUCGCGGAGGGUGUUUGGUAUCCUCGUGGCGGCUUUCACAGGAUCGUCGAGAUCCUCGUCAACAUUGGAGAACGCAUGGGUGUUCAGUAUCGCCUGUCGACUCCGGUCUCCAAAGUUCUGCUCUCUCCCGACAACAAGCGGGCCACCGGAGUCGUCCUCGGGGACGGCACCGCGCUGCACGCUGAUGUCGUCGUGCUCAACGCCGACCUCGUGCACUCCUACAACACGCUCCUCCCACCCUCUCCUGCCGCCACCGAGCUCAAAGAGCGGCCGCACAGCUGUUCCUCGAUCUCGCUGUACUGGUCGCUAUCGGAGAAGGCCCCGAAGCUAGGCACACACAACAUCUUCCUCGCCGACUCCUUCAAAGACUCAUUCGAUUCCAUCUUCACCGCCCACGACCUUCCCGACGACCUCAGCUUCUACGUCAACGUCCCCUCGCGGGUGGACCCAUCCGCCGCCCCCGAAUCGGGAGACUCCCUCGUAGUCCUCGUGCCCUGCGGGCACCUCACCAGCGAGCACAAAGACUGGGACGCGAUCCUGUCACGAGUCCGCGAAGACGUGCUGCGCACCAUCCUCGCCCGCACGGGAGAAGACCUGCGUCCCAAGAUCACCAACGAAAUCGUCAACACGCCGGAAGUCUGGCAGGAGAAGUUCAACCUGCACCAGGGCGCCAUCCUCGGCCUCUCGCACAACUUCUUUAACGUGCUCAUCUUCCGCCCGACCACAAAGCACGCCACUAUCGAGGGCUGCUACUUCGUUGGCGCGAGCACACAUCCUGGCACAGGCGUGCCAGUCUGUCUCGCCGGUGCGAAGAUCACGGCGGAACAGAUCCUCGAUAAUCAUGGCAUGACGGCCCCGUGGGUUACCAACGAGCAGUUCCAUGCUCAUCGCGCACUGCUGAGGGGGAAUAAGGAGAUGUGGUUUACGUUAACCGCGGUGGUGGUGUUGGUUUUGUUGGUGCUCGCGAUGAGGGCAAUGGUUUAA